AUGACUAGGAAUUUGGAAGAUCCCUCAGCAGUUGGAUGUGAGUCACCUUCAAGAAAUGGCCAGGGCAGCAACCUAGUUGUUUCUAGAUCUGCAGUACCAAAACUGUCUCCUUCUGGUACGGAAAGAAGUAACAGAAGGACACCUUCUUCUGGAUCAGCAAAGUGUCAGAAGCCAAGUGGAUCUUCAAUAGCUCAAGCCUCUGAGAGACUGAAUGCUCAUGGGGAUUCUGCCUCAAUGCAAUCUGAACAGGAAGGUGAGGUUCCCACCCCUCCUGCUUCCUCACUGGUCCCUAAUAGAGACAAGGUCACUGUUGAGGUAAUUGAAUGGCCAAGAAUAUACAUUGCUCUUUCAAGAAAGGAGAAAGAAGAUGACUUUCUUGCUAUGAAAGGUACAAAAAUCCCUCAAAGACCAAAGAAGAGAGCAAAGAACGUUGACAGAACUCUACAGUAUUGUUUUCCUGGGAUGUGGCUAUCAGACCUGACAAAGAGCAGGUACGAGGUUAGGGAGAAGAAGUCUGCGAAAAAGCAAAAGCGCAGAGGCUUGAAAGGAAUGGAAAACUUGGAAAGUGAUACCGAGUAG